AUGACCAUUGUGAUGCGUGGGAGUCCUGCUGGUGGGGACUCCCCCCAAGAUAACACUCAAGCACCACCACAGCAGCAGCAACAGCAACAACAACAGCAGCAGCAGCAGCAACAGCAGCAGCAGCAGCAGCAGCAAAAGGCUACCCAGUCUACAAGUGAAGAGACUGGUCAAGGCAAUGGCCACACAGAAAUGCAAGAUGAGCAAGAGCCAGACUUUCCCCAUGAAGCUUUGGCUAAGCUGGAUGAAAUGAUCAAUCGACCAAGAUGGGUGGUGCCUGUUCUUCCCAAGGGUGAAUUGGAGUUGCUUUUAGAAGCAUCCAUUAAACUCAGUAAAGAAUCAUUGGAUACACGAAGUGAAGCUUGUCAAAGAUUUUUCCGCGAAGGCUUGACCAUAUCCUUUACCAAAAUACUUACUGAUGAGGCUGUGAGUGGAUGGAAAUAUGAAAUACAUAGAUGCAUCUUUAAGAAUGCAGAAAAAUUAAUUGAAUUGUGCGUUUGUAAGCUUUCUCAGGAUUGGUUUCCUUUAUUGGAUCUUUUAGCAAUGGUUCUAAAUCCCCAGUGCAAGUUCCAUACGUACAAUGGAACUCGCCCAUCAGAAACUGUACCACCAGGAACUCAGGUGACUGAAGAGGCCAUAUUUGCAAAACCACCCGAUGCAAGAACACCUCGGGGCUGGUUGGUAGAUCUGGUGAAUAAAUUUGGACAAAUGGAAGGAUUCCAAAUUAUUCUUGACCGUUUCACUAAAGGCCCCCAGUUAUCGGUGCCUGUGAUAGCUGCACUGGUGAAACCAUUUGGUCAGUGCUCUGAAGUACUGACUCCUUAUGCCAUCCAGAAAUAUUUUAUGCCAAUUGUAGAAAUUGUCCCUAAAUUUCUGGACAACUUAACAGAUGAUGAAUUGAAGAAGGAGUCCAAAUCAGAAAUAAAAAAUGAUGGAUUAUCAGCCAUAAUAAAAGCACUGAAACAAUUGGUGUCCCGUGUACCUAAUCAGGAAGAAACUGUGAAGAAUUUGGAAAUCUUCCGUUUGAAAAUGAUCUUGAGGCUUCUUCAGAUUUCGUCUUUUAAUGGCAAAAUGAAUGCCUUAAAUGAAGUAAACAAAGUGAUUGCAAAUGUGUCAUUCCAUGCCAGUCGUCAUACUCCAAUUGAUGAUGAUGAGUGGCUGACAGCAGACAAAAUGGCAGAAUGGAUUCAACAGAACAAUGUGUUAUCUAUAGUUCUUCGCGAUAGUCUCCACCAACCUCAGUAUGUUGAAAAGUUAGAAAAGAUACUGAGAUUUAUGAUCAAAGAGAAAGCAUUAACACUUGAUGAUUUGGAUAGAAUAUGGGAAGCCCAGUCUGGAAAACAUGAAGCAAUUGUCAAAAAUGUUCAUGAUUUAUUAGCAAAAUUGGCUUGGGACUUUUCCCCAGAACAGCUGGACCAUUUAUUUGAAUGUUUCCAAGGAAGCUGGACUAAUGCUAUGAGAAAGCAAAGGGAAAAGCUACUUGAGUUGAUACGACGACUUGCAGAAGAUGAUAAGGAAGGCGUAAUGGCACAUAAGGUUCUUGGUUUAUUAUGGAACCUUGCACAUAGUGAAGAUGUUCCAACUGAAAUUAUGGAUCAAGCAUUAACAGCCCACAUAAAAAUAUUAGAUUACAGCUGUUCUCAGGACCGUGAUAGUCAGAAGAUGCAGUGGAUUAGUAGAUUUGUAGAAGAACUGAAGAAUGACAAGUGGGUGUUACCAGCACUGAAACAAAUACGAGAAAUAUGCCAGUUAUUUCCAGAAACUUCUCAAAAUUUCCCGCAUGCUCAGCGGACACCUCAUAUGUACUAUAGGAACCAAGUUAUUAGUCAGCUGCACCAUCAACACUCCAUUGUUAUGUUGGUUGCUCAGAACUUGGCUACUUACAUGGACAAUGCAAGAUCCUAUGCUAAAGAGCACCCAUUUGAAGAUCCAGCAAAUAUCUAUCCAGAUGGAAGAUUUAACCAUAUACAACAAGUACAAGAACGAUUAAGAUUUUUGAGAUUUUUGCUUAAAGAUGGUCAACUUUGGUUAUGUGAAAUUCAAGCCAAGCAGAUUUGGAAAUGUUUAGCUGAGAAUGCCAUUUAUGUGGCAGAUAGAGAAUCUUGCUUUAAAUGGUUUGCAAAGUUGAUGGGUGAAGAACCAGAUUUGGAUCCAGAUAUAACUAGGGAUUUUUUUGAGAAGAAUAUCCUUCAGUUGGAUCCCGCUCUUCUUACAGAAAAUGGAAUGAAUUGCUAUGAAAGAUUUUUCAAGCAUGUCAACUUGAAAGAGAAUAAACUUGUUGUAAAAAGGCGAGGUGGUCAUAUGAUGAAUGAUCUUGAACUCAUUGGUUUGGAGUAUUUAUGGAGGGUUGUAUUGAAUAGCCCAGAAAGUGUGGCUGAGAAACCUGUCGCACUCUUGAAAGAAAUUUUCACCAAUCUUGGCCCUCACUUGCAACAAAAUCAUGUUGAUAUCCACGAGGACUUCAUUCAAACAUGUAUUGAUCGUCUGAAACCUUCCUACGACACUGUCUGUGUGUUGGAAGAUGACAAGGAGAGUAAGAAUAGAGUGAUGCAGGAAGCUAUGCGGAUGGUCCGUGUUCUAACUGUACUCAAGGAAUAUGUUGCUGAAUGUGAUGAGGCCUAUGGUGAGGAAAGGUCAAUUCUACCUCUGGGCAGAGCUUGUCGUGGACGUCUUGUGACAUUGUUUAUACGAUUCCCCAACCAGGGGAGGCAGGUUGAGGAUUUGGAUAUUUGGUCGCACACUAAUGACACUUUAGGUUCAGUAAGACGACAAAUCUUAAAUAGAGUUAAAGUUAGCAGUAGCAGCAUCAAAGUUGAUCUGUAUGUUAAUGGAGAACUUCUAGAUCCUAGCGAAGACAAGAAAUUGAUAUCACAAAUUCCUCUUCGAGAUAGAACUGCCGUCUCGGCUAAAUUAGUUCAAGUUGGAAGUAACAUGCCUUCCAGCCCAGACAGUAGUUCUGAUAGCUCUGGAGGUUCUCCCCACAACACUUAUGAUGGGCCUAACAUAGAUGCUGAAAACUGUCUGCCUGGUGUGUUAAUGGCACAUGUCAACCGGUACACAAGUUUCCUUUUCCAACUAUCAGACCUUGGCAGUAAUCUGCAGCUGCCAAAAUUAAGAGACACUGCGAGAGCUCUCCUGAAAAUUAUGUCAGCUGAUACUUUUACAGUAGAGAAAUUCCGUAGUACAUGUAUGGAACAUGCUAGAGCUGAGAGUGGAGUUUCAGCUACACUGGAAGCUAUGUUCUUCACUGGUUCUUCAACACAAGUUCUCUACAAUGUAGAGGUGGUUUACAGUCUGCUGAUGCCAGCAAGUGCACCUAUUUCCGAUGAUGCUUUUGAAUUUCAGUAUAAUUUUGUACGUAGUGGUGGUGUCCAGUUGUCUUUGAACAUGCUCACAAAAAAUAAUUUCUUGCCAAAUGCUGAUCUCCCUACUAGAAGGAGUGCCUAUGUGACUGUUUUGAAGAUCUGCAAAUUGAUGACCACAACUGUUGGUCAUGCUAAAGUUCAAGUAGCUGUGGAUGCUUGUAGUGCUGACUCUCAAACUACCCCAAUCCCUGUCAAUGAGCAUAAUUAUGCAGUCACUUUGCAACAAGCAUUGAUCUACAUACCAAAUCCUACAUCAGAAUUUACACUUCGAAAUGUGGCCAUACGAUUGGGUCAGCAGCUGAAAGAGCAGGCUUUUGGAGCAUUACCAGACUUGAACACCAUCAAGGCUAUACAGAAAAUUGCAUGGUCAUCUUGCACAGGAUCUUUGCAUUUAGUUCAUGAUUCUAAUGAAGAGAUCCAUCGGAUUGUAGAGAAGGGUAAAGAAAAUACUGAGCCAGAAGAUAUUGAAGUGACCAGAGAAGCUUUAGAACUUUUAUCUGUCUCUCUGGCAUUGUGCCCAUCUGCUUUGGAGUCUCUGAACAAGGAUAAAGCAUGGCAGUGCUUCAUUAUAGACCUUCUGCUGCUCUGCAAGAAUAGAGAAAUCCGUACCUGGGCUGCUGAACAAUUUUUUCAGAUGGCUACCAAAUGUAACAGUGGGAAUCGACCGUUGCUUUUCUUCAUUACUCUCCUCUUCACCGUUCUCUCUACAACCGUGAAAGAUAAUGCCAAGCAGUCUCAUGAGUAUUUCCACUUGCUAUGCAGAUUACUGAAUCAUGCCUUUACAAGUGAAGUGAGCUUGCCUAACUCUGAGGUUUUACUCAACAAUGAAAUUAGCUGGCUCAAGAAAGUGAGAGAACAACUCUUAAGCCAAGGAGAAAUCCAAGUGGAUAAUGCUUUAUUGGAGGGUCAUUUAGGAAUAACCAGGGAACUUCUGUCAUUCCAAACUCCUGAAAAGAAAUUUCAUGUUGGUGCAGAGAAAGGAGGUUUAGAUCUCAUCAGAGAAUUAGUUGAAGAUUUCAUCUUCCCAGCAUCUAAAAUUGUGGUCCAGUGUAGAAAAUUGAAUGAUUUCCCAUCUGAGCAGGCUGUGCCUGUGUGUACAACUGCAGCAACUGUCACUGCAGCAUUUGAUUUGCUUGUUUCCCUCUGUACACGUUGUGUAAAGAAUCUGAAGUGUUUAGCUAACAUGCUCAUUGACAUGUUCUAUACAGAGGAAAUGUUCACUUUUUCAGAAUUACCUCUUGUUGAAUGGGAGUUUGUACCCCCUGUGGGUCCAAGACCUCCCAAAGGGUUUGUUGGCCUCAAGAAUGCUGGUGCUACAUGCUACAUGAAUUCAGUUUUACAACAGUUAUUCAUGAUUGAACAGAUCCGACAUGGGAUACUGGCCGUAGAGGGUGCUGCCGAUGAUGUAGAAGAUGAAUAUAUAGGAGAUGAGAAGGGCGAAAAUGAAACUAAUGUUGACCUUGGAGAUGAAGAACGUAAAGAUGAGGAGAAAGGCUCCAACAAACAGGGAGAGAGGAAAGAUUACAAUCUGGGUGUGAUGAAACAUGUCCAGUUGAUCUUUGGUCAUUUGGCUUGUAGCAAGCUGCAGUAUUAUGUACCCAGAGGGUUCUGGAAGCAUUUCAAGUUGUGGGGAGAACCUGUGAACCUGAGGGAACAACAUGAUGCAUUAGAAUUUUUCAACAGUCUUGUAGAUAGUUUAGAUGAGGCCCUUAAAGAACUUGGGCAGACAAUGAUUCUAAGCAAAGUACUUGGAGGAUCAUUUGCUGACCAAAAGAUAUGUAAGGAUUGUCCACAUAGAUAUCAAAGAGAAGAAACUUUUACAACUUUAAAUGUAGAUAUUCGAAAUCAUCAGAAUUUACUUGAAUCCUUAGAACAGUAUGUUAAAGGAGAUCUUUUAGAAGGUGCAAAUGCAUAUCAUUGUGAGAAAUGUAAUAAAAAGGUAGAUACUGUUAAAAGGCUCGUGAUAAACAAAUUGCCAAAAAUUUUGGCUAUCCAGCUCAAAAGAUUUGAUUAUGACUGGGAAAGAGAAUGUGCAAUCAAAUUCAAUGAUUACUUUGAAUUUCCGAGGGAGUUUGAUAUGGAACCUUAUACUGUACAGGGUUUAGCAAAAAUUGAAGGAGAAAUUAUUGAUGCUGACUGUGAUGAAAAGGAGCAGAGUACAAAGUACAAAUUGGUUGGGGUUGUGGUCCAUAGUGGGCAGGCCAGUGGUGGACAUUAUUAUUCCUAUAUUUUACACAGAGGUGCUGAAGAUGUCCAUCCAAAAUGGUAUAAAUUUGAUGAUGGUGAUGUAACCGAGUGUAAAAUGGAUGAUGAUGAGGAGAUGAAAAACCAGUGCUUCGGUGGUGAAUAUGUUGGAGAAGUGUUUGAUCAUAUGAUGAAGAGGAUGUCUUACAGGCGACAGAAGCGAUGGUGGAAUGCCUAUAUACUGUUUUAUGAACGGAUAGAACCACAGGAUGAGGAAAAUCAAAUCUCGAAGCGAUUACAAGACCUAACCGUAUCUAAACAAGAGAAGCUGAAGAUGCCUGCUGCAAUAGAGCGCUGUGUCCGGCGGCAAAACAUCCUUUUCAUGCACGAGAAGAAUCAAUUUUCUCCUGAAUAUUUUCAAUUCAUGAAGAAAUUUCUCAUGUGCAAUGCUCCGUUUCUGUCCAUCCCAUGUCCACAGGAUAGAUUGCCUCCUGAUGCUGAACAAAUGGCUUUGAUUAGUGUUGAAUUGGGAUCUAAAUUUCUCUUCACUGUUGGUUUUCAUACCAAGAAAUCAUUACGGGGUCCUGCAAAUGAGUGGUAUGAUGCUCUCUGUAUACAUAUGAGGAACAGCAAAACUGUGCGCAGCUGGUUUGUGCAUAAUGUGCUCUUUUCUCAUACCAGUCGCUUUGCAGAAUAUUUGUUGGAAUGUCCUAGUUCAGAGGUUCGAGGAGCAUUUGGAAAAAUGUUGGUUUUUCUUGCUCAUUAUACUCUUCAAGAUGGACCAUGUGCUCCCCCUUUUGUCCAGGGCCUUUAUGGACAAGCAGCUGAUCCCAAUGCCACUCUCAGUGAUCACCUGCUGCUGGCAAUCCUUAAUCUGCUGAAGAAGGAAGUAUCUGAACAUGGUAGACAUCUUCAACAGUACUUUAAUCUGUUUCUCCUCUAUUCCAAUCUAGGAACUGAUGAGAAACAACAGCUGUUGAAAUUAAAUGUUCCUGCCUUGUUCAUGUUGGUAGCUCUUGAUGAAGGGCCUGGGCCUCCAAUCAAAUACCAGUAUGCUGAUUUGAGUAAACUAUACUCAGUAGUUUCGCACCUAACGCGUUGCUGUGAUGUUUCAGCAAAAUGCCAGUCAUCUGUCAGUGGCUCAGCUCCUAUGUCUAACCCUCAUGGGGAUCCAACAUGUGGUGCACCUCUCAUGCCAAUUCAAACUCAGGUAGCUGAUAUAUUAUACAAUAGAACAAGUUAUGUUAAGAAAGUCAUUGAAGACUGCAACAAUUCUGAAGAUACCACCAAAUUGUUAAGGUUCUGCAGUUGGGAAAAUCCACACUUUUCUUCAACGGUUCUAAGUGAAUUAUUAUGGCAGGUUGCAUAUUCUUACACUUAUGAGUUGAAACCCUAUCUUGAUUUACUCUUUCAAAUGCUUAUGUUGGAUGAUUCCUGGCAGAAUCAUCGAAUACACAAUGCUCUAAAAGGAAUACCUGAAGACAGAGAUGGGUUAUUUGAUACAAUUCAACGGUCUAAGAAUCACUAUCAAAAAAGAGCAUAUCAGUGUAUUAAGAUGAUGGUCCUGCUUUUUACACACUGUGUUCCUGCAUCACAGAUGUUACAAAGUAAUGGUGACCUAAAACGUAAAUGGUCUUGGGCAGUGGAAUGGCUUAAUGAUGAACUAGAACGGAGACCUUAUCCUGGCAAUGCCCAGUAUACUUACAACAACUGGUCACCUCCAGCACAGUCUAAUGAGACAUCCAAUGGUUACUUCCUUGAACGAUCUCAGAGUGCAAGAACUACUUUGGCCAGAGCCUGUGAGCUGUGUCCUGAAGAGGAGCCUGAGGAAGCUGACCUGACUGAUGAGCCUGAGAGCCCUCACCCUGAUGACCAGGUUCCAGUGUACACUGGCCAAACUCAGCCACCAGCCCAGACUCAGACUCCAGCUCAGGCCCAAACUCAGCCACAGUCACAGUCUGCAGCACAGACUGUGCCUCAAACUCAAACCCCACAGACUCAAGUACCACCGUCAACUCAGCAGCAGCAACCGCCACCCCCACCCCCACAACAGCAACAGCAGCAGCAGCUUCCAUCUACAUCAGUGACUGCAUCUAGUACUUCAUCUCCACAGAUUCUAGAUCAGCAGUGCCCUCCGCAGCAAGCUCCACCUACGCCCCCGCAGCUACAGAAACAGCGCCCACAGCAUAUACAGAACAAUCAAGUGAAUGUUCAGCACAGUUCUCAGCCUGGACACCCAACAAAUCAAGUUAACAACAAAUUAAAUCAACAAGGAGACAACCCAGAUACUGGGGAGGAUGAAACUAAUCACGACAACAGGAGUCCCUCAGAGUGA